UUUACAUCUGGUUGUUGUUCUUCAUCUAGAUGACUGUAAAUCAACCCCCCCACCCAUGCUGGAACCCACAGGCCUGGCUUUGUCCCCUCCACCAGCAGACACCCACCAAGAACCGCCAACCCUCCGCCCCAUGACAUCUGACCCCAGGACAUCCCCAUGCACACCUAAGCGCCUCAAACUCAACAUUGAGAGCCAAGAGGCCUAUUCGGACACCACCCCUGUGAACAGCUGCACCAAACCUGAGGACCGCCCGCCUGAGAACAAACUAAUCAAUGGCCUCUCCACCACAGAGUCACCGACCCGGCCUGCCACAGGAGGGGUCGGCCGGCGGACGUCCGUCCUUUUCAGAAAAGCAAAAAAUGGAGCAAAGCUCCAGCGUGAGAGAGACAAUCAGAUGCAGAACGGAAGCAGGGAGGAGGCCAUCAGCGCUGACCCAGACCCUGCACGCACACCCAACUGCACCGCCACCAUCAAGACUGAAACCUCAGCCCAGCCAAAACCUUCAACACCUCCGCCCAUAUCAACCCCGGCCAAACAGAGAGCAAGAAGCCACAGCUGCAGUCCAGAGCGCGAGAGAACACCCCCUCGACUCACUCUAGAGCCUGCUCUCACCAACGGAUUCAGAAAGCACAAAGAUGGCGGCUCUGACUCAGAAUGCAGCUCAUCUCCGACUCUGAGAGAACUUGUCUCACCCCUUAAAAAGAGCAGAGGGAAACCUGCUUUGUCCAAAGUCCCUUUUUUAGAAACUGUUAACGGAGACUCUGACUACACUGGGACUGAUGUUCUGUCAAACGGUGAUGUGCCUGAACCUGAACCUCUGGAUUUGGUGUGGGCCAAAAGCAGAGGAUAUCCGUCCUACCCUGCUCUGAUCAUAGAUCCAGACAUGCCUCAGGAGGGUCUUCUGCAUAAUGGAGUUCCCAUCCCUGUGCCUCCGCUUGACGUGCUGCGCCUUGGUGAGCAGAGACAAGAAGAAGCCGGCGAGAAACUCUUCCUGGUUCUCUUCUUUGACAACAAACGAACCUGGCAGUGGCUGCCACGAGAUAAAGUGAUCCCUCUUGGCGUUGACGACACGGCUGAUAAACUGCGUAUGAUGGAGGGCAAGAAAACCAGUAUCCGGAAGUCCGUGCAGGUGGCCUACGACCGAGCUAUAAUCCACUUGAGCCGAGUUCGAGGAGAUCAUGGUUUUGUCGGCUCCAACUACAUGUAGAACAGAAACGCCAACCACAUCUGUCCUAACGUACCACUCACAUGGGCUUUCUAAGGAGGGCUGAGAGCCAUUUGGUUAGUGCACCAGGUACUAGACCCCCGAUCAUUCAGUUCAGUUUAGUUUAUCCAUGUGUUCAUGACACAACCCUCUCAGUCAUUUCAGAUUCAGGACAGGAAAGUGCGGUGGCUUCUACAAAUAAUUCGUUUUUAUGAGGUGUCACUUUAUGGUGAUGAUGAGUCUAAACGACACAUAGACUCAGAGUUUUAGCGUUUGGGUACGUUCAGAGCAAUUAAUUUCUGAAAAAUGUGUUUUAAAUGAAUGAACUUAAAGAAUAUAAACGUUUGAAUGAAUCACUGCCAUUUUCUUAAGAUAGCUUUUUACUUUUUAAAGUUUUAAAAACCACUUCUUGUAUAUUGUAAAGACACUUGUUUAUAUGUUUUUUUUUUUUAUCAUAUGGUAUCUAAUUUAAUUUUUUUUUCUCUUGUUUAUUGUGAAAUAAAUUGCCUGGAGGAAUGAAGACAUGAAGGUUGUGUAUAUACAUGUAAAAAGAUUUUCAGAGGAACUGACUUCCUAUGUAGUGUAUCCUGCUUGUCUUUGAUAGCGGAUGGUGUGAGUGUGUGCAUAUAUAUGUACAUUAACGGCAUACGAUCGUGUAUGUAUGUGUAUAUGUACCAACUCACGGUUGUCUGUGGUUAAAUAUAUAUUCUCAUUUUUGAUACAGAAAAGUAAUUUAUUUAUGGACCGUAAAGAGAUAAAUGAAUUAAAUUAUAUUGGUUCAAGAUGGAAAGCAGAUCUCUUAUUUAAGAUGGUAAACUAUUGCAUAGGCUUUUAAGAUCUAACUUCACAUGUGCUUUCAGAUCCUGGUUCAGUUCUUUUUAAGAUUUCACGGUGAAAAGUUUGAAGGAUGGUGAUGACGACAUGUUGUAUACUUGCUGUUAUUCCCUUUUCACCAUCAAGCACAGAACCUUGUAUUUAUUGUAGAAAGUUGUGGAGCUUUUGUUCACCGUUUAUAAGAUGGAACCUCUAAGAAAUUUUAAGCUUGUACAAACAGCAGAUUUUACCUACCCACCAAAUAACCGGUCUCAAACAGUAUUUUCUCAUACGGGGAAAUAAAUGUUCUAUUGAAACUCUA